UUUAGCCCGAAUGAAAUGAUUGGCUGGCCUACCUGCCUGUCUACCUACCUACCUGCGCACACUCUGCCUAUGCACUCAUUGUGCAUGAAAAUGUGUUUUGGGGGAGUGGGUUUGGAAGGAGGCCUCAAAGGAGGGGGUCGGAUACUUUCAAAACCUAGCUGUCUCUUGCUAGUUUCUCCAGCGUUACAUACCCUAGCUUUAUGCCCAUUACCUUCUGGCUCCUUGAAAGUUGUUUGUUGUUCAGGACUUGUUAUUUCACCACUAUUUAAAUCAAGAUAAAAGUUAAGCUAGGUCCAGAGUGGGUAAAUAUUUUUACCUGUUCUUUAAUGAUCCUCCGAUAAAGUCUAACUCAAACAUUGAAGUUCUUCUCCAUUUCCUUCCUUGAUGAACUUUACAAUGAAGUGCGUGCCAAUAUUUAGUUGAAACUUAAUCUCUCUGACCCAGUAGCUAUGAAUAGCUGCUUGUUUAUGUAGCAAGGAAAGUUGAGUCUGAGAGAUAGGGGAUUUCAGGGGGAGAGAAAGGUUUGUGAAGACAGCGAAAAGUAAAUAUGAGAAAGAGUGUUAGGUUUUGCUGGAUUUCAUCAGUAAUUAUAAAUACUACAGAAAGACCACUGUAGGUAGUAGUUCAAAGACAAAGUUAGGCCUAGCCACUGACAUGGAGUUUACCAGGCGUUACCUGCCAAUGGAAUGGGAAGAGCGAUGGAGAAGAGAGAAGGAGAGGCGGAAAAGAGUGAUUGAAGAAGGUGGAGAAGGGAUAGAACAGGACAACCGCGAGCUGAGGAGGAUUGUGGCUUACAAUGACUCCAGGAUGGGGCUGACGAGUGCAAGGGGUAAGAAAGAGUGGUUAGAGGUCAGGAUGAGCGGUACUAGUCAGGAGGAAAUUGGGGAGGAGGCAUUUGGGGAUGAUGGUGAAAAUGUCCACACAUACCACAGUGAAACAUAUACUAAAGAGGUAUUCAUGGCUCUGAAGGAAUUCUGGGAUUCAUCUCUUCUCACAGACCUGACUCUGACCACUGAUAAUGAGAACAGCUUUCAUGUACACUCCGCUAUUCUUGCUGCUGUAAGCUCCAUCAUCCAAAAGAGACUGAGGGAUGAAAGUGGAGAACGAUCUGACAAUGAUAAGGAUGUAGAAGUCCAAAGGAGGUCAUUGUCUCUGGGUCCUGAGGUUGAUCACAAUGGAUUACAGGCAGUUGUGGAGUUUGCCUACACUGGAGCUGUAUUGUCUUUGAACAAAGACAGCAUGGCCCAGAUUAAGGCUGCAGCUCAAGCACUGGGGGUCCCUAGAAUACUGGAUCUCUGCAACAAAGAGGAGAGGAUGAAGGAAGGUGGAAGUCCUAAGAAGGAAGAGCAAAAGAUCCCUGCUCUAGAACAGAUGAAGAUUACUCUUCAGUCCAUUAAACAGUUGUGGGCAGAGAGAGUGGGCUGUGAUGUGAUUUUGGAUGUGGACGGGGCUUUAUUCCAUGUCCACAGAGUUAUCCUGGCGGCAAGCAGUGAUUAUUUCCGUGGCAUGUUCACCUGUGGGAUGAGGGAAUCCCAUCAGACCUGUGUUGCCCUUCCCUUCCUGUUAUCUUCUGAGUUAGAGGCUCUAAUUAGCUGCUCAUACAGUGGAACCCUUCAACUUAGCUGGGACUGUGUCUUCGAGAUCACCUGCAUGGCCCUCCAGCUUCAGUUCCAGCCUGCCCUUUCGCUUUGCCUCAACUUCAUGCGACAGGAAAUGGAGGCAAGCUCCUGCCUGGACGUGGCGUCUUUUGCUGAAGCCUAUGGGAUGUCAGAGCUCCUUGAGGAAGCCAAUGACUUUGUACUGAGGAACUUCUGGGAGGUGUCAGCCACGGAAAAGUUUCAGGACCUACCAGCAGAGAAGCUUUUAGACAUCCUCCGCUGUGAUGGUCUGUGCGUGCCCUCAGAGUUGGCUGUAUUUCGAGCUGUAAUCUCCUGGGUUGAGGCUGAUCCUGACGAGAGAUUGGGCCAGGCUGGCCUACUGUUGACCGGAGUCCGCUUCCCCCUCAUGACUUUUCGAGAAUUCAGGGAGGUCAGGGCCAUUAACCUGCGCAUGGAGUGCUUUGGAAACAAGGAGGUGGAACUCUAUGGUUCAGCACUCAAGGAAUUUGGUUUCAGCCUUCCAAAAACCCAGGAUCAGUGCCGGGUCCGGCGUCCUAAAGAUGCUCUGGUUCUUGUCGGGGGAGACCAGCUGAACCCAGAUGUGGGUCAGCGCAUACCAAGCAGGGAACUGUGGUUUGCAAACUCCCUACGCAGUGGUACAGGGUUGGUGAAAGAGAUGGAGUGGAGGAGGCUGGGUAAGAUGCCAGACAAGCCAAAGUUCAGGCAUGGAGUAGUAGCAAUGGUGGGAAGGUUGUAUGUGGUUGGAGGAUGUUACUUCUACACCAAGGAUGACAUGAUGAAAUCUGCCUACAGUUAUGACCCUGUGCAGGACAGCUGGAAGAGGUUGGCUGACAUGCAAGAGUUUAGAAGUAACUUCUCAGUGGUGGUACAUGAGGAGCGUCUUUAUGCCAUUGGUGGAGAUAAGGAGAUCAACACCAACGUAGACAGUGUCGAGAUGUACAACCCAGACACUGACACCUGGAGCUUUGUCCAGCCCCUGGACCAGGCUCUGAGUGGUCAUGCUGUCACUGUCAUAGAUGGAGGAAUAUUCAUCUCUGGAGGUUUCAACUGUAAGUAUGUGUGUCUGGUUUCCAUGUUCCUGUACCACCCAGAGAGAGGAACCACCUACCUUGCAGAUAUGACCCAUGACCGGGCCCAGCAUUGCAUGGAGCCCCUGCGAGGCCAUCUUUACGUUGCAGGUGGUGUGUGUAACCUGAGGAAGUUUUACACUGACCAACAAGCCUGUGAGGUGUAUGAUCCUGUGGCCGAUUCGUGGACUGCUUUUGCAUCACUGCCUGUGCCCCAUGUGGGUGCAGCCUCAGCUGUCCUGGAGGGGAAGAUCUAUGUACUGGGAGGAUACUGCCAGGACGAUUACAGCGAGUCUGGACUGGUCCACCGGUUCAAUCCCAGCACACAGCGAUGGGAGAGCAUGGGCAAACUACCCGGGGCUGUUACUGACAUACGGGCCUGUCUGCUCCGAUUGCCCCAACACUUUAGAUUUUAGUAACUAGCUGGUCAAGAUAAGUUUUAUAAACUGACACACAUUUUUGAUGUGAUCUAUUCCCAAAAUUCAUUGUAUUAUUAGCAAAUGUGGUUCAGCUAAAAGUCUGUUAUAUUAUCAGAGAUGUAGUAUAAAUUAUAGAAAUAAGUCCAGAAUGACUCUGCUGUAAAUGCCAGGUAUUUUUUGUCUCUAUAAAUAAAAGUAUACUAAAGAGUAGAAUCAAAUAUACAAUCCCAAAUAUUAGUUGCUAUAUAUUAAUACUCAAAAUAAUUUUAAAACAUCUAUCAAUAGUAUGUCAUAAUAUGAUGGCAUGAAUCUCUGCAUGUCUUUUUAACAUCUACCUAAUUGCUGAGUGACAAAAAAUAAUUGUUAACUCAUGUAUAUGAAUCUGCAAUAUAAUCUACUAACUGCUUAUUCAAAAAAUACUACCUGACACAACAUUACAAAUUACAAUUUUUUAUUUAGGUAGAUUCUUUUUGAAGUAGAAAAAUAGACUCAUCUCAACCAAAUCCAUCAAUCUGACUUUGUGUGGUGUUUUAUUGCAGAACCAGAUGGAUCAUUUUGUAAGUAAGACUUAAAAAACCCAGAAUCAAUAACAAAGGAGAUCAUAAUGAUACAUUUUACACACUAUCUUAAAUAGAAUCAUAACAAAGUUGUUUCUUUUGUAAGGAUUUUUGAUGAUAAUUGACAGUAAAAUGAUGAUCUGAUCAAAUUCAACAGCCAAACCACUAAUUCAUAUAGAGACUAUUCCACACCAUGAAAUAUACAUAACAUUUACAUGAUGUGUAAUGCAAUAACACUUCAUGUGACACUUUGCAUCCCAUAGACAUGAGAAUGAAACAUGCUGAACACAUUGAUCACUGCAGACAGGCCGAUAAUGAGGUGAUACAAACAGGCCAAGAUCAUCUGAUGAUACAGUACUUUAAAAAAAAAAAAAAAAAAAGCCAGAUCUUGAUCAUAUGCAAAUGUCACGCUGUGAUAGUCAUCACUGAGGUUUUUAUGAACAAGAAAAACAGUGAACACAACAUGUUUUAUAUUUCGUGUCAGCUGUCUAAGGAAUAAGGAACACGAGAUGGACAUGAAAACGGCUUCAUGUUGGAACAAGGAUGUAGAAAAAGUACUGGUGGAUACUGACAGGUUGACAUGGUAACAGACAGCUCACUUUGAUCAAGUGAGGCAUUGUAUGCAAGUCAAACCUGCCUGAUCAAGUAAUGCUCUGAUGAUGCAGUUUAAGCCUACUGUGAAUCAGGAAGACACUGAACAGUCCAAAAAGCCCAGCAUGGCGUUGGCUGUUUGGUACUCAGCAGGUACUGUAUGAUGGGUUUCUGCAGCUUUUUCACUGAAAAUAGCUUCCUGGUGAGGCUGAAAACGGUGCUAAGUGAGCGGUGAGAGUGAACUAAAACAAUCAAUUUGACUGGUGUUUGACUGGUGAUGGGCCUGUUCGCGUGCAUGAGGCAGAUGUUGUAGGCGUGACUGAAAUGUUUAGACUAACCAGGAAAUAAACAUUCAGAUUACUUCGCACCUCUAUCACAUUCAUAUGUCGGUGUUUAAUAGGAAUGGUUUGCUGGAAUUAAUUUUGGUCAAGACAAAAAUACAUGUAAAUAUUAACCGUCUUCAUUACGGAAAAUAUAAUUUGUUGUCUGGCCACAGAAGAAUGAGCUACCUAUUACAACUGAAUGCGUAUAUGCUUUUCAAAGUAUUCUUCGGAGCUGUCAAGGCAAGAGGAGGGACAGGAGACCAUGCCAGCUAUGGUGUAAAAGAAAUUAAUUAAUUUAGCUAAUUUUAGAUUAACACUGUGGCCAAAUUCAAGUUGAAAUACACAAUGCAAGCUUUGUGUCUUGUUACAUAGUAGCUAGACUUACCUGUCACUGUGACAUAAGACAACAAUAAUGAUCACUAUGUAUAAUAGGCCUACAUUCCACAGAGUGCAGGUGGUGCACUCAAUCUGAAAGGGAAAAAGAACAAAACAGACCUUUAUUGUCAAACAUUUUCACAUCACUUAUCCAGAGUAGGAUGUACAGGGAAGCAGUUUAAACUUCAUUGGACAUUACCAUAUUAUUAAAAUUUCAG